UAUCUUUCUAUUAAUAUGUAAGCGUAUCAUAAAUAUUAUAUGUAAACUAUUAGCUUAAUGUUUUUUUUUUUCGUUUACGUCAUGAUAUACGUUACUACGCAUGAAUGUUGAUAUCAGCAGAUAAAUACAAAGUCGGUGUAUAUAAGCGCGGCAUCCUACAGAAUCGUACUCAGUUAACUCGACGCGUCCAUCAACGUUGAUCACAGUUAAUCCGACCAGCAGGAUGUCAUAUGGUGCAGUAAAUGAAGGCAUUCAUGAUUACGCGAAACAAAAUCAUGCCAUUAUCGUCGAUCUACGAAGCGACACGAUUACGAAGCCGAAUGAGGCAAUGAGAAAAGCUAUGUUUGAAGCGCAAGUUGGAGAUGAUGUCUUUGAAGAAGACCCUACAGUAAAAGAAUUACAAAAGAAGGCUGCGACGUUACUUGGAAAAGAAGAUGCACUUUUUGUUAGCUCUGGCACUAUGGGGAACUUGAUCGCUGUUAUGAAUCAUUGCGAUGUGCGUGGCAGUGAAGUGUACUGCGGAAACCAAUCGCAUGUGUUCCUUCAUGAACAAGCUGGUGCGGCGCAGAUAGCUGGUGCGAGCUUCCAUAUCUUGCCCAACAACGAUGAUGGUACGUUCGAUCUAAAAGGCUUUGAAAGAGCGAUUCGCGCGGAUCGGAUACACGAACCGGUCUCGAAACUCGUCAUGGUAGAAAAUACACUAAAUGGAAAGGUCAUACCUCAAUCGUGGAUCGAAGAAUUGGCGGUAAUAGCGAAAAAGUAUAAUCUUAAAAUGCAUUUGGAUGGCGCGCGACUGUGGAAUGCCUCGAUUGCGUCGAAGAUCUCGGCGAAGGAUAUAGUCGCUCCAUUCGAUUCAGUUAGUUUUUGCUUGAGCAAAGGAUUGGGUGCUCCUAUCGGAUCCUUGCUCUGUGGAAGCACGAGCUUCAUCGCUAACGCGAAAAGAAGGCGCAAGGUGCUAGGUGGUGCGAUGCGACAGGUCGGUGUGAUCGCCGCGGCCGGAAUCGUCGCUCUGGAGACAAUACCACGACUAGUAGAGGAUCACAGAAGAGCAUCGAUUAUCGCGAAGGCGAUCCAUGAAUUGAAUUCUAAAAUAUUUAGUGUAAAUCUGAAUACCGUCCAUACCAACAUGGUAUUCGUGAAUGUGAAUACCAACAGUGGCGUUUCCGCCGCGACUCUCAUGAAGAGGCUCCUCCAAGUAAACAACGACAAACCGGAAGAUUCCUGUGAAGACGACAAGAUUAUAGUCAGAUGUAUGGCUGUUAAGGAAAAUUUGCUUAGAAUAGUUCUUCAUUGUGAUGUCGAUGAUACGAUGAUGAAUAAUGCUAUUCGUAAAUUAAGAUAUGUAAUCAAAGAAUUGGAUCCUCAAGUAACAAUUUAAAUUUUUUCACAAAAUUCUUUAAGAACAAUAAAUUAAAAAA